CAACAACAACCCGUCGACACGCAAGCAGCAGCGUGCAGUCGUUCUUUUUAGCGCACCAGUGCUAAUAUCCAAAGUUACCAGAUAUCUUCUAGACUACGAGAGCAUGACUGCCGACCGCGUCGACCAGGUCGCCCAGGCGCGCAAGCCCUCACCAACUACCGAGGACGGCGCCGCCCAUGCGAACAGUCACGAGUCUAGCGCGUCGCCUGCGCGAGCAGCAGAAGCUGAGAACGACAAGAACGGAAGCGAGGUCCAAGCUGCUGAGCCGCCGCUGCCCGACGAGGAGGCACCUCCGCUACCGGAUGAGGCACCUCCAGCUGCAGAUGACGACGGUUGGGAGCCUAGAUGGGACUACAACGCGAACGCAUAUUACUUCUACAACACCAGGACGGGGCAGUCGCAGUGGGAGAAUCCACGCGUCCCUGAGGCCACUGCAUAUAGUUACGGAUCGUAUGACAGGACUACCACCAGUAGCGCUGCUACUCUGACGACAAGCUCAGGCGCGCCCGGCACCAGCUCUCCGCCCAGACGCAAGUGGGGAGGCUACAAUCCAGCCAUUCAUGGAAGCUACGACCCAAACGCAGACUAUGCACGCGAAGCAACAAAGGAAGAAGAGGAGGCUGAGCAAGCUGCGGCUGCCGCCGCCACUGGGGGCUUUCCCAUUCCAAAUGGCCAGGACUACACUGCGGCGGCGCACUUCAACCGAUUCACGGGCAAAUUCCAACAGGCUGACGCGGGCCCGGAGAUGCACAAUGACGAGAACAAGAGCAAACGCCAAAUGACUGCCUUCUUCGAUGUCGAUGCUGCGGCCAACAGCCAUGACGGUCGCAGUCUCAAAGCAGAGCGACGUAGCAAGACCUUGAGCAAGAAAGAACUCAAGGCCUUCAAGGACAAACGCCGCGACAAGAAGGAAGAGAAGCGUCGUGCCUGGCUACUGGAUUGAACCCUCGCGGUGGGAUUAGCAGCGUCUUUGGCGUGAUGGAUAUACAUCUGGCGUUUCAAGGUAGGAUCUGACAAUUGCCAUGGUCUUUGGGUUUCAUGAAGCAAACACCAACGGCAUUGAGACAUACGUGUUCUAUGUUGCACAUGUCUUCUCUUGCACCUUGCAAUUUGAAGCAAAUCCAUGUUUGAUAGUUAGCCCAUCCGUCUUUUUUCAAGGACUAGUC